GGGCCCCCCCCCCCCCCCGCAACGAGGAGCGCGAGGCCCGGUGUCAGGCUUUGGGCUUUCUCCAGCAGUCGUAGCCCUGCUUGCACAGAAUGGACCCUGUUGUCCUGAGUUACAUGGACAGUUUGCUGAGACAAUCAGACAUUUCUUUAUUAGAUCCUCCCUGCUGGCUUAACGACCACAUCAUUGGGUUUGCCUUUGAGUAUUUUGCCAACGACCAGUUCCGAGACUUCUCUGACCAGGCCUGCUUCGUGGGCCCGGAAGUGGCUCAGUUCAUCAAAUGCACCACCAACCAGGAGGAACUGGCCAUGUUCCUUGAGCCCCUGGACUUGCUGCACAAGAAAAUUGUGUUCCUGGCUAUCAAUGACAACUCCAACCAGGCAGCUGGUGGCACCCAUUGGAGCUUGCUAGUGUAUUUCCAAGACAAGAACGGCUUUGCUCACUAUGACUCCCACAGCAGGUGUAACUCAGCACAUGCCAAACAGGUUGCAAGGAAUUUGCAGUCCUUUCUUGGCAAGAGGGGCAAAGUUGCUUUUGUAGAAGAGAAAGCUCCAGCGCAGCAGAACAGCUACGACUGUGGGAUGUAUGUGAUCUGCAACGCAGAGGCCCUGUGCCAAGAAUUCUUCCAAGGGCAGCAGGAACCGGUGCUUCAGCUCUUGACUCCUUCGUACAUCACAGGCAAGAGAGAAGAAUGGAAAAAACUCAUUGCUAGACUCUCCAAGAAGUGACUUGUGACUUUCCAGCGAUUGGUCUUUUUUUAAAAAAAAGCUUGUUCUCUGUGCCUGAGAGAAGAACUUGUGCACAAGACGUCUUUCUCCCUACAGAAAGAAUGUACUUAUCUUUGCACUUCUUCUGCACUGCAUUAUUCUGCAGUGCUAAGCUCUGGGAAAUAGCGACGAUGCCAUCUUCCCUACAGUUGGAGCAGCUGCCGCUUAGCCUAACUUCUGUAUCCUCCCAAAUCCCUGCGAUGCUCAAGUUCUUUGUAGGCGUGUGUGUGUGUGUGUGUGUGAUCCAGUUUCAGUGAUGUCAGUGGCAGAGACAUGGCCUCUGUGCAAUUAGGGCAGCUUUCAGUGUCUCUCCUUUGGAAGCGUCUCUGAAUGUCUGGGAAUGGAGAUCAGAUUUUUAUAUAGCGGCAAAAUUACUGUUACUGCUUGUAUCCAAAGCUUCAGUCUUAGAGCUGUCCCUUAUUUCUGCUUUUCUGAAAAGGAAGUGGAGGAAAGCUAUUUGUUGUGUGAAGUGUUUUGCCUGCCUCCAGUAACUAUACGCUUUACUGUAGUAUGAGGAAGCCAAAUUAUUGUACAGUACGGUAGCCUCAAAGGCAGGAGAGACAGCUCCUCUUUAUUCCUAGCUCCAUCUCCACCUCCUGUUUAUUUCACACAGUAAGGAUUUUUUUUUAAGGUGCUGUACUUUUGAAUGAAUGGUAUGAUGAAACUAUUAGAGGGAAAGGAAUUUUCCCUUCAGUAUCUAGACUGGGGCCAGGGGUGGGGGAAGAUAUAUAUAAUACAGAAACUGAAAUUUCUGCAGAAAUCACUUUGAGCACUUUGACCUAGAGUGCCUUAAUAGCGCACUGAAUCGAUUUCCCUAAAUUGUAUUCUGCUGGAGUGAAGUCCAGUAAGGCUUAGUUUUGUUACCUAACAUUGCAUCCUUGUAUUUCUGCAUAUAUACUUGUAAUGGCAGGAGGAUUCAAUUGUUUUGUGCAACGAAGAGCUGGAGUUGACUCACAUUCCUUGAGAAUUGCAGGUGCAGACAACUGGCUGGUGUGCCAGUAGUUCUGCUGCAGAAAUUCAGCGUUAGGAGAAAAAUUGUAAUAGCCAACAAAGCAUCGGAUUAGCACUCACUUAUUUCUCAACUCUCCUUUUUAAUUGCUGAAUAAUAUGUGGGAUUUGGAGGGAAGUUAAAAUCAUGACUGAGAUUCUUCCAUGGUUUGUGUGUUGGAAAUUUGCUUCCUUCUGCUGAACAUUUGGCUGGGCUGAAAAAAGUAACCUAUCUUGUUUGGUAACAUGCCAAGCCAGGUGACAUAGCUUUAAAGCCUAUAUUAUCUGAGUUUCUCCCCCCCACCUCCAUUAAAUCUUGUUCUAUUGAUUCCUGAUUAUUGAUUGACUCAACAAUGAUCCUUUUUUUAAAUGCUGCAAGAAGGAGCAUGCUCAACAGGAUUUAAGUAACAAGUUCAGUUGUUUUACCAUGUGUUGAAAUUGUUGGGAAGAAGCACUUAGUAAUUUCUCUUAUUUGCAUAAUCACAUUAUGUUUGGGAAAAUAUUCAGUCAAAAAUUAAAAAGAAAACCUGAAAAGCGAUGCUCGGUGGCAGUAGCCUUGUUUUGUUUCCAUACAAUUGUUGAACUGUGGAAUCCAUACCCAGCUGGGAGAGAGGGAAACAGCCACUUAGUUCUGGAGAUAUUUUCUGAAAGACGAGGAAGCUUCUGCAGACCCUAAUGGAUUGUUAGAGUACAGUUAUAGCUCAUUAAAAAUCAAGGAUGCCUUCGGAGGCUUUUUUGAGGCAGCUCCUUCUUCAUUCAGUCAUGGAAUUCUAGGACAGCAUCAGAAGCACCUUGAAGCCCUCCCGCAGGAUCCACGGCUGCUUCCCUUUUGCCCCCCAAUGACCCUAAAAAGGGAAGUCUUUCAUAGGGAGCUCUUUGGUAGCAAUCUACUGUUAAAACCCAGGACCUUCCAUUUGGGUAUUUUUAGCAGCAACCUUCACCUUAAAGGCAACUCGUCAUAAUUACUAGAUUGUCAACUUCCUUAUGGUGCAGCAGCAUGAAAAUUCAGAAGUUAUGCCAUGGUGAUAAGAAAAAAAGAAAAGAAAGGAUCUUGGCACUCCUACGUCUGUAAACAGAAUUCAGAAUAAAAGCGCGUGGGAUUAAGGA